CCUGGUACAAUCCCCCGCGACGUAACAGGAGCGAAACGACUUGACAGACGAGGACCGACAGAGCCCGAGGCGACCCUACAGGACGAACACCUAGGACGCGCCGGUGUCACGGUACAACGACGAUGCUGAGAGCAUCACUGCUGCGCACCUUUUCCCGCUCCCCCGCGGCGACGGCCUCGGGCUGGGCGGGCAGUGCGGUGGGAUGGGAAAUGCAAGGCGUGCGGCGCACGUUCGCGACGAGGACGAUCCCUGGCCAGACCAGCGCACUGCUGAGGCAAAACGCGCGGAGGCAGAUACUGCGCAACACCACGAGGGCGAAGAACGGCGGCAACGGCGGACGGCGGCCCUUUUCCAACACAUCAAGGCGACGCGAUGCGCCGAAGACAGAAGGUGGUGGUGGUGCUGGUGGUGCAAAGCCGGCAGAGCCUGAGCCGACGGGCCUCAGCGCGAGGCUCAAGAAGCUCUCGCGGGAAUACGGCUGGUCUGCCGUCGGCGUAUAUUUUGCCCUGAGCGUGCUUGAUUUCCCGUUCUGCUUCCUGCUGGUGCGCAUUGUGGGCACGGACAGGAUAGGGGCGCUCGAGCACUGGAUCAUGGGCUACGUCAAAAAGGCGAUACCGCAGUCGGUCCAGGAGUGGUGGCACGAGUACCGAAAGUCUGUCAAGCAAGCCGAAGUUGAGAACCUUGGCAAUGACGAGAUUAGCGAGCACAUCGAGAUGGCGGGCUGGGGCGUGGAAGAGGCCGAGCGCAGGAACAAGGGGCCCGAAGCGAGUCUCGGAACUCAACUGGCACUCGCCUACGCCAUCCACAAGAGCUUCAUCUUCCUCCGCGUGCCCCUGACUGCGGCUGUAACGCCAAAGGUGGUCAAAAAGCUAAGAUCGUGGGGUUGGAACAUUGGCAAACGGCGGAGCAAGCCGACGGCCGCAACUCCCACGCCCAAGGCGUGAGGUGGAACAGCACAACACGGCACUUGUGGCUGGGAGUGUCCUGACCAAGCUCGUCCGCUUCAGGAGUGGUGCGGCCGACCGAGCAGGAGAAAAAGGCGGUGGUGGGCUUUGGUGCCGCAUGGCUGCCCGCCGUUGUGAGCGCCGCGUGGCGCCAGCUCGCUAAAGUGCGUGCCUGACUAGAAGGCCGCGCGAUUCAAGCCAUCAGAAGCCGUCCGCCGUGUUACCCACCUUCGGUCGGAGCAACCCAGGCGCCGCCCACAGCUCGGCCGUCAGUUU